AUGUUUGUUUUAUUCACCACGUCCAACAAUCCAGAUGUCUGGAUUCCUGCAUACAAGGCCUCACGUUGGUAUUGCCUAUUCUUUGUUCUGUAUGUGCUAUUGGGCGUUUACUUUGUCACCAAUUUGAUUCUUGCCGUCGUAUACGAUAGCUUUAAGAAUGAGCUUGUAAAACAAGUUGCUGAGAAGGACCGCAAUAGAACAAGAAUACUGAAGAAAGCUUUUAACCUGAUUGAUAACCAAAAUCUUGGCUUCCUUGACAAAGAUCAAUGCAUUCGUUUGUUCGAAGAACUCAACAAAUACAGGACAUUGCCAAAAAUAUCACGAGAGGAUUUUGAGUUAAUCUUCUACGAGUUGGAUGAUAGUCAUGAUGUGAAGAUUAAUUUGGAGGAAUUUGCUGAUCUGUCUCACGCCAUUGGACUCAGAUUUCAAAAGGAGGAUAUUGAACCGAUUUUUGGAAGCUGCCCAGGAUUUUACAACUCACCUGCUUCAGAGACUCUGAAAGAGUUUGUUCGAAGUGCCAAAUUUGGUUAUGUUGUAGCAUUCGUUCUCAUCCUGAAUUUUAUCGCCGUCGUCAUUGAGACAACGCUUGAUAUAGAAAACAGUUCUGCUCAAGAAACCUGGCAAGUAGUGGAGUUUGUAUUUGGAUGGAUCUAUGUCCUGGAAAUGGCGCUAAAAGUGUAUUCUUAUGGGUUUGUGAAUUAUUGGAGGGAUGGCCAAAAUCGCUUUGACUUCGUUGUCACUUGGGUAAUUGUUAUUGGAGAAACAGCCACUUUCGUGUCUCCCCGUGGGCUUACUUUUCUCUCCAAUGGGGAAUGGAUUCGCUAUCUUCUAAUAGCAAGAAUGUUAAGGUUGAUUAGGCUCUUGAUGCAUGUUCAACAGUAUCGUGCUUUUGUUGCGACAUUUUUUACCCUAAUACCAAGCCUGAUGCCAUAUCUGGGAACCAUAUUUUGUAUCUUAUGCAUUUAUUGCUCUCUCGGUGUACAGAUAUUUGGAGGUAUAGUUAAUGCUGGAAAUCCAGGUCUUAGUGGAACUGAUCUUGAAGAUAAUGACUACUUACUGUUCAACUUCAAUGACUACCCCAAUGGGAUGGUGACACUUUUCAAUUUGCUUGUGAUGGGAAAUUGGCAAGCGUGGAUGCAGAGUUACAAGGACUUGACUGGAACUGUUUGGACUUAUGCCUACUUCGUCAGUUUCUAUCUAAUCACUGUCCUGCUGCUGUUGAAUUUGGUGGUGGCCUUUGUCUUGGAAGCUUUCUUUGCCGAAAUGGAUCUUGAAUCUUGUGAGUCUGGCAAUGGGGAGGUCAAGGAAGAAGAAGGAGAAAGGCGGAGGAGGCGUAACCUUGGGAGUAAGUCAAGGAAUCAGAGGGUUGAUAUGCUUCUCCACCACAUGUUGAGUGCUGAGCUAAAUAAAACAGAGUGUUCAUCUCUUGAAUCAUAA